UCGGCAGACCCAGGAUAUCCACCGACAGAUAAAUAAGAUCGAGGUACGAGUGUUAUAAAUAAUUAUUUAUGUUACCUCCAGCGAAGAAUAAAGACGACACAGGUGAGUAAAUAUUUACGCCGGUUUAUUAAUUACAAGAAGUAUUACGAUGUGUCACGUAAGAGCUCCGAAGAGAUACCGACAGACGAAUGUCAUCCAAAAGACAAUCGUUCUUUUGACGAAGUUCAGAUCAUAGACAAAUGAAUGAGUAUUCGAAGGGGCACACGAUUAUCGAUUGUCAAUUCUCGAUAAUUAAUUUCCCCUCCAACAACACGACUCAAUACGACGAUGCACCUGCCGACGGUAUCAGGUGAGUACGCCCCGAGGGGCCUCUGGUGUCCCAUCGCCCAUCGACCUGCGCAUGCGCCCUUGACAUCGACGGCCAUUAAAUAUUCAGACGUUUAUACGACGAGACGAUUUAAAUAAUUACCUGUGACAGCACAUGACACCUCCGAGAACACGAAAUGGCUAAAUUAAAAAAAAAAAAAUCUGUCUGAGUUGUUGGUCACUCGCUACGCUCGCUCCCAAUGUUGUUGCGUUGUGUUGGAGUCGGUGUAACCCAUUACGGGUCGAACUACUAACAUCUCGACCAAUUCUCAACACGAUUCGUAACACGAUUUUUUAUUUUAUUCGGCCCUUGACGAGCCUCGUAACCAACUUCCCGAUAGGCUGAAAUAUCAACUUAGACAUUUGGACACCCUCGUUCAUAAGUUUUAUGAAGGACCUACAAACGACCUUCAAACGAUUGGGCAUGAGCGGGAUAAUUGAUUAGAAUAAUAAGUUGAUAACUUCUCGGAGCUUCGACGUAAUGGCGACAAAAAUAAUCGAACCAGUGACAUCUCUCGAUGUCGAUGAUGGAACGAUAAUCGAAGGGGAUCCACUGUCACUUCACAUAUUCAUAUUCACGGCGUGUGGUCUGUGGUCGCCAGGCGGGUGGACAUCACCGUGGAAAAAAAUCUUUUAUAAUAUUUACUCACUGACGAUCAUCGGGACGAUAUGUUUCAACUGCAUAUUACAGUCGAUCGACGCGCUAACGUUGACGGGUUCAAUCAGUGAUUUAGUGGAGAGACUUUACAUCCUCGGGGCGGGAUGCAAUCUGUCGUACAAAGCCGUGAACUUGAUCACCCGACGUCAAGAUAUCAUUAAAUUGUUGACCCUGCCGACGUCGCGCCGAUGUCGGGUGCUAAAUCGUGACGAGGAGAGAUUCAAAAGGAGAUAUCAUCGUCGAGUCAGAAAUGCUACGGUAUUACUCUGCGCUGUUCUCGAAUUCACUGUUAUCAAUAUGCUGAUAUCAUCGAUCAGGGAAAAUAUUCCUGAGCGUACAUUACCGAUUAAAAUAUGGCUACCAAAUAAUUUUACGGAUGACUACAGAUAUUGGAUUAUUUACGGAUCACAAUUGAUAGCUUUCACUUACGCUGGAACAUUUCACGUUUUUUAUGAUACGUUUAUCGUUGGAGUUAUGAUUACCCUUUGUGGACAUCUGCAGAUUCUUCAGUACAGAAAUUCAAAAAUAUCAUCGUCGAAUAGACAAUUUAAGAAUUAUAAUUUUGGAGUGGAGAGGGGAGAGUUGUCGAGAUAUGUUGAAGCGAAUAACAUUUCCAUAAAAACUAAAAUAGAAAAAAACCUCAUCCUCAAGGCAAUGGAGCACUACCAGCAGCUCCUGCAAUUCGCAAAAACCUUCAACGAAAUUAUUUUCUACGUCAUAUUCGUUCAAUACUCGAUAAGCUGCUUCAUAAUAAGCCUGAGUGUCUACAGACUCGUCAACACGAGUUCAACAGACCCAACGUACAUUUUCACGAUAUUUUACUGUGGGACUGUUGUCAUACAGAUAUUCACUUACUGUUGGUUCGGCAACGAGGUCAUCCUGGAGAGUGCUAACGUCAGCCUGUCGUUGUACAAUUCCGACUGGUACACCUUCAACUCCGAAACAUCGAGGGACUUUCCGAUAAUGCUGCACAGGGUGCAGCACCACAUCGAGUUCUCGUGCACUGGGCUGUUCGUUCUGUCGAUUGAUUCCUUCAAAAAUGUGAGUCAAAAGACCCUCAAGACGUUCACUCCAUCGUAUUCACUGAUCCUGCGCCCCCCACUCCCUGCGGUGCCAUGGGACCGCCAUUUUGUGUUGGACUCGUCUGACACGUGAGGUUUGUCGGGAAAUCUUCGAAAGAUUCUGGCCAAUUUGGUCGAGACCAAAUCUGAUAUUUUUACUCAGUAAAACCCUAACUCCUCUCCUCAACUCCCGAACCCCCGCGGAACCGCCAGCAGGCAUUACUUCACGGGGGUGACAUCUGCGCGCUCCACCAGGUGGGGAUAACCUCUCACCAUAUACCUCAGCAGCUCUCCUCGACCGCUCUUCCUUCCUCGGUUGGCGCAUGACCUCUGCCACGAGGUCCACCAACUGAUCCUUGAACACUCCCAAUGCACCCCCCACUCCCUGCGGUGCCAUGGGACCGCCAUUUUGUGUUGAACUCGUCUGGCACGUGAGGUUUGUCGGGAAAUCUUCGAAAGAUUCUGGCCAAUUUAGUCGAUAAAUUCUUUUUUAUCGUAUGUUCUUACUAUUUACUAUCAUACGAUAUUUAUUUGCUUCUAGAUUAUGAAGCUGACGUACAGUGGAUUGAAUCUCCUGAUGCAAUCGUCGUAAUGUUCAGGAUAUGGUAAAGCACCGGAUGACGAACUGGAGUUGAAAUUAUUUUGAUGUGAUAUUCUGGUAGCGAAGUCGUAGUCGUGUACUUCCAUUACUGGUGAUCACUAGUAAUAUUUUAAUAGCCGUAAACAAUUCUAGGAAAUAAUCGAAUCAAAUGGUUUAUUUAUUUAAUCGAUUGACGCAGAGAUUUCCUCCCCACCCACCCACCUCCCCCCUCCCCCACCCCCAAAUAAAAACCUCAACCCAACUCUUGACAAAUUCAAAAAUGUUAUCAAGUCAUAUUUAUUAUCUCCAAAAAAUAUACAAUAUUUACAAAAUAUAUACACCCCAACCCGGGAGCACGUCUAAAUAUCCGGUGGAAAAUAUCCAGUCGAAGAUAUCCAGUUAAAAAUAUCCAAUUCGAUAAUAUCCGAUGGUAAAAAACUCAAUAGCAAAUGUAUCAGCGAACAUUGAAAUCCGGCUUUAAAGUGAUCCAAAAUCAUAUUGUUUGGAAGAAAGAGAAAAA